AUGCUGCUCACCUUCUACACCUGUCUCCUCUGGCUGUCCUGCAGUGGCCUCUGGACUGUCCAGGCUGAGGACCCCAAUGUCAACGUGAGCAUGAGAAGCUACCACCGGGACUUGGCUCCAAGCAAUGUUGACUUUGCCUUCAACCUGUACAAGCACCUAGUGGCCUCAGCUCCUGGCAAGAACGUCUUCAUCUCCCCUGUGAGCAUUUCCAUGGCCUUGGCUAUGCUGUCCCUGGGUGCCCGCGGCCACACUCGGGCCCAGCUUCUCCAGGGCCUGGGCUUCAACCUCACUGAGACACCAGAGGCCAAGAUCCACCAGGGCUUCCGGAAACUCCACCACCUCCUCAGCAAGUCAGAUGACACCUUGGAAAUGAUCAUGGGCAACACCGUGUUCCUCAACCAGAGCCUAGAGCUUCUGGAGUCGUUCUCAGCAGACACCAAACAUUACUAUGAGUUGGACACCUUGGCUACAGAUUUCCAGGACUGGGCCAGAGCCAGCAGACAAAUCAAUGAGUACAUCAAGAAUAAGACGCAGGGGAAAAUCAUGGAUUCGUUCUUGGAGCUGGAUAGCCCGGCCACACUUAUCCUGGUCAACUACAUCUUCUUCAAAGGCAUGUGGGCACACCCCUUCGACCAGGGGAGCACCAGGGAGGAGAACUUCUACGUGAACGAGACCACCCUGGUCCAAGUGCCCAUGAUGUUCCAGUCGAGGGAGAUCAAGUACCUUAAGGACCCGCUGCUCCCCUGCCAGCUGGUGCAGCUGGACUACGUGGGCAACAGCACCGUCUUCUUCGUCCUCCCGAACGCGGGGGAGAUGGACGCGGUCGUCACUGCGCUGAGCCGGGACACCAUCCAGAGGUGGUCCGACUCCCUGACCAGCAGACAGGUGGACCUGUACAUCCCAAAGGUCUCCAUCUCUGAAGCCUAUGACCUCGGGAGCCUCCUGGAGGACAUGGGUAUUGCAGACUUGCUCACCCAGCAGGCGAAUUUCUCAGGCAUCACCCAAGAGUCCCAGCUGAAGUUGUCAAAGGUGGUCCACAAAGCCAUGCUGCAACUCGAUGAGAAGGGCGUGCAGGAAGCUGCCCCCACUGGAGUCAGCCUAAAGGUGGAGUCUGAGCCUAUCACCAUCCACUUCAACCGGCCCUUCAUCAUCAUGCUCUUUGACGAAUUCACAUGGAGCAGCCUCUUCCUGGUCAAGGCUAUGAAUCUGACCUAA